UGAGGAAUCAAACUGUCAAAAAACCAGGCUGUCAAAACUCAAAAAACAGAUUCCAUCUUUCGCUAUAAAUCUCCCUUCACUUCCGCUGCUCCUUUCCCAUCACCACCAACACCAAAAGAUUCAUUCAGCCCAAAGCCAAAGCGCAGAAUUCAAAAAAAAAAGAAACAAAAAAGAAAAAAAAAACAAAUACAGAAAGAAUAUUCUCGAUUUUCCUUCCCCCAAAAUCCCCCAACCUUGAAUGGCCACCGCCAUCGCCACCGCCAAAGCUCUCCGCCGCUCCCUCCUCCUCCGCCACACCUCCGCCGUCGUCCGCCACCUCAACUCCUCCCCUUCCUCCCUCUCCGCCGCCCCGCCCCUCUCCCUCGGCCACACCCUCCCCGAACCGGAAUUCACUCCGCCCCCUCCCCAUGCCUCCGCCGCCCUCCUCCAGCUCGACGACCACCGGCAGCUCUUCGGCUCCCUCCCGGCGUCCAAGCUGAUCCACGCCUCCCUCGUCCUCCAGGCCUCGGCCGCCGAGGCCGUCGUCGACCUCGGCACCCGGAUCAUGACCUCGCGCCUCGCGGAGCUCGAGCCGUUCCGCGGGAUCGUCUACGGCGUCGUCCGGCGGACUUUCUACGAGCACUUCUGCGCCGGCGAGACAACCUCCGCCGCCGCGGAGAAGGUCCGGGAGGUGAACGCCGCCGGCCUCCGCGCCAUGCUCGAUUUCGCCGUCGAGUACACCGCCGACAACGACGCCUGCGAUCGGAACCUCGAGGGGUUCCUCGACACCGUCGAUUGCGCCAUCUCCCUUCCCCCGUCCUCGGUGAGCUUCGUGGUGGUCAAAAUCACAGCAAUCACCCCACUCUCCCUCCUCCAACGAAUGAGCGACCUCCUCCGCUGGCAGCAAUCAAACCCUUCCUUCCACCUCCCAUGGCGAAACCAACAAACCUCCAUCCCAAUCUUCUCCAAAUCAACCCCGCUCUACCACACCCAAACCGAACCUCCACACCUCACCGAGCAAGAACUCCACGACCUCCGCCUCGCCGCCCAACGCCUCCACAAGCUCUGCCUCCGCUGCUCCCAAUCGAACCUCCCGCUCAUGGUCGACGCGGAGGACACCAAGCUCCAGCCGGCGAUCGACCACAUGGCGUACUCCGCCGCGGUCGAGCACAACACGGGCUCGACCCCGGUGGUGUACAACACCAUCCAGGCCUAUCUCAAGGACGCCAAGGAGCGGCUCGUCCUGGCCGCGAGGGCGGCCGACGAGAUGGGCCUGGCAAUGGGGAUCAAGCUCGUCAGGGGGGCGUACAUGUCGAGCGAGCGCAGGAUCGCGUCGAGGCUCGGGUUCGAGUCCCCUGUCCACGACACGAUCGGGGAGACGCACGCGUGCUACGACGAUUGCGCCCGGUUCAUGAUCGACCGGGUCGGUUCGGGUUCGGACGGGCUGGUCCUGGCCACGCACAAUGCCGAGUCGGGGAGGUUGGCCGCGAGGAGGGCGAGAGAGGUCGGAGUUGAGCAGCAGGGCAGGAUCGAGUUCGCGCAGCUGUACGGGAUGGCGGAGUCGCUGUCGAUGGGGCUGAAGAACGCCGGGUUUCGGGUUAGCAAGUACAUGCCGUUCGGGCCGAUCGAUGUUGUGAUGCCGUAUUUGAUUCGGCGGGCGGAGGAGAAUCGAGGGAUGCUGUCGACUUCGGGGCUUGACAGGGAGCUCAUGAGGAGGGAAUUGAAGAGACGAGUGAAAGCUGCGAUUUUCAGCAAUUCCAACGGCCAGGAGUGAAUCCAAAAACAAAGGGGGAUGAAUCCAAAUCUGUAGAUAGUGUAUGUGUGUUUGUAGUUCUCUCCUUUGCUGGUCUGGUCUGUUCUGUUUGAAGAGUGUGUCCUCCUGUUGUUUUGUUAUGUUGUGUAAGGUGCUGUAAUGGUAAGUUAUGCAAUGUAAUGUGAUGCAAUUGAAGGUAUAAAUGAAAAAGGAAGUUGCCAAAUGUUUCCUCCAACCUCUCCUGUCAUCAUCCAUGGCUCCUUGUGCAAAUAUGUAGGUGGGGGGCUUGGACCCUUGGUUUACAAAGAGAAAAGGUUAUAACAUACA